CGGUGUUUUCUGGGAUGUUUUCUCAUGCUGCCGUUCGCAGUGUGGCCCUACAAGCAACUGUCGCGCUCGACGCACUCAGCUUUACGACAGUUGCUAGUUCUCCCAAAACUUGGUUUCCGACAGUGACUUGAAAGUACCACGGCGGUGAAUAAGCUUUUUUUUCGGUUGUCGACAUUCGUUUCGAAAACAAGUUUUAAAUUGGUACAGCAGGACUCAGUUAUAUAAAAAUAAUAUUCUGGGCGCGUGUAUACGAGGUGUAGACCGUACCUAGAGUUUUUUAAGCCUUACCAUUGUGUGGUUAGUGAAGUUGAAACUCGAGGCCCAGUGAACGGAGAAGCUCGGAAGAAAAAAAGUUUUGUUAUUGUCAUGUGACGUGAUACGCAUGUGGCGAUAAAGUGUGGCUAAUCUCUCGGAUUAUUUACACCCAGUUAUUUGAUUUCAGCGUACAAGUCCUAUUUACAAAGUAUGCCUCAACCAAAAUAUAGAAAGAUCGCUGUUUUGGGGUACCGGUCAGUUGGAAAGUCCUCUCUCACUAUUCAGUUCGUGGAAGGGCAGUUUGUAGAUGCAUACGACCCUACAAUCGAAAACACUUUUAAUAAAAUGGUGUCCAUGAAUGGACAAGACUUUAAUCUUCAGCUGGUCGACACUGCUGGACAGGACGAGUACUCAAUUUUCCCACAGUCUCACUCAAUGGACAUUCACGGUUAUGUUCUGGUGUACUCUGUCACCUCAAUGAAAAGCUUCGAAGUGGUUCAGGUUCUACAUGACAAACUGCUUGACAUGGUUGGAAAAAUACAGGUGCCAACUGUUCUGGUUGGAAAUAAAAAAGACCUUCACAUGGAAAGAGUUAUUAAACCAGAAGAAGGCAAGAAGUUAGCUGACUCUUGGGGAGCUGCCUUUAUGGAAUCAUCUGCUAAGGAAAACCAGACAGCUGUAGAAGUUUUUAAGCGGAUUAUUUUGGAAAUGGAGAAAGCGGACGGAAAUGCCCCGUCUGAGGAGAAGAAAUGUUGCGUGAUGUAGAUGCUGGUCUCUUUCAAAGACACACAGCAAGCUGCCUGGCCAAAGUUAAGAGUGACAUCAUCACCAGUCAGUACGAUGCAGUGUGGUGGUGGGACUGCUGUUCUAAAACUCGACCCACUCCUCACAGCAGACAGGAAGAUUUAUAUAUGAAUUUACAUGAAAUUGAGAAAAGCACGAAGAAUGGUAAGCUGUCCCAGAAAAAAAAAAAAAUCCCCCGAAAGGAAAACAAAUAUGUCUAGCCUCAAUUACACUACUGUUCAUUUUCAAUCAAAAUACUUAAAGGUGCAUUUAAAAUGAAUUGUAAACACCUCCAUUGUUUUAACUGCACCUCUUAAAUUUCUGACUUUGUUACAAUGUUGGGCCCCAUAGCACACAUCUGAUAACCUCUGUGCCAUAGGGAUUUGUUGAAUGAACUAUGACCUGGUCAACUCCUGCUGGAUAACAUGCCUUCAACAUAGCAUGAAUGAAUGAAUGAAUCAUGACUUAUAAAUCCUUUUCAUCCAUCCAUGAUUUAAUGUGCUGAACCAUGUGCCUGAUGCGUUCUUGGUGACGUGAGUGGGCAGGUAUCAUAUCCUUGCCAUAACAAAUACUGAGGCCUAAAGCAAGUGCACAUUCUCUCUCUCUCUCUCUUUCUCCCUCUCUUUCUCUCUCUCUCUCUCUCUCUCUCUCUCUCUCUGUUUCUCUCUCUCUCUCUCUCUCUCUCUCGCUUUCUAUCUCUGUCUCUUUUUCGGGUAAAUUUAAAUUUUUAUUCACCAUUGUAUUAUUUUUUUUUUAUUAUUUGUCUCUAGAUCUGACUAGAGAUUUUUUUUUGUUUGUUUUUGUUUUUUUUUUUGUUUUUUAAACAAUUGUGUUUGUCAUUUUUGUCUAGUAUAGCUCUGGUUCAUGCUGCAGCAACUGUGUAUGUAGGAUUUGUAAGAAAUGUAGUUAUAUGUGGUGCAGAAAAGUUCCGAGAAAGGCAGAACUUGCCUUGACAGUAUACCAAAGCCAGUGAUCACCAUGAAAACGGCUUUUAAAUAAAUUCUUUGACUUUUAUGCCCCAGGAAUAAUGUAGUUGGUUUGUUUUUGCUUUCGAGGUGAAGCGAUUAAUCAGGUUUUAUGGGAUGGUAGAGGAUAAAUUAGGAGUUGAUUAGUUGUUUAGAUUCAAAUCAGGGAUAAACUUCAUAAUUGUACAGCAAAGUCUGAAAAAUAGCAUAUCCUAAGCUGCUGAAAUUUGAAAAUUCAACAAAACCUUGGAACCUGAUGCUUCAGACAUUGAAAGGAAUAUUUAGUGAUUCAAAUCUCUCAGAACAUGUAUUUAUCCAUUAAGAACCACUGAGAAACAAAGAAUUUGUUCUGGAGAAAAUAAGCUAACAGUAAGUUGGCAGUAACAUAACGUUGCAUAUUGGGGUAGGAAAGAGAAAACCCUCACACCUGAGUUUGGGAGGGAAAAAACAUAACUUCAGUCUGAUCUACUGGUUUUUGAUCUCCUCCAACCCAAACGCCUGGGAAACCUGACUGCUUAUUUAUGGCUCAUUUAUCUAGAUCAUCUGUCUAAAUCAUCUCAUUUUCUAGCAGCUAUCUUCGUUCAGAAAGUGAUCGUCACAGAAAGUUUAAGAGAUUUAUCCCUUAACACCCAGACAUCCGAACUCUAUGAUGAAUCCAAUCAGCUUCAGAUGGCAUGCUCGUUUAUCUCCAGUGGAAAUGCUAUCAAAACCGUUACAUCAAAAACUCAAAGUACAGUUGUUAGUAAUUAGCAACUGUAUUAACAAUCUCAUAUUAAGAUACCGCAGUGUUAUAGAUUGGAGCGUUUUCCAAUUUGUAUUGUUUGUUCCAUAGACAUUUCCUAGCAUGUUUCUUAUUUAAUGGUGUCAUAUAAAAGUAUUCAAGCCGUACAGAUAUGUUCUCAGGUAUGUGGUCUGAGAAAGUCUUCAGCACAUUUGUGGUUCUACAAAGCACAUUGUUUACUGGACUAAUGGAAUUGGAUUGGUCUUCAACAUUGACAGUUUAAGCUUGAUUGGUUUGAUUUAACUUGAAAUUAGCAGUAUUGUGGAAAUCCUACAUAUUGAAUACUAAAAUAUUUAAUGCUUGAUCAGCCCUUUGCUUUACUUCAGAGCUGUUUUUUUUUUUCCCAUAGUAGAAAACUUGAUUGUGUCCUUUUUUGGGUGCUGAAGGGGAGCGUUGUUGUCUUUAUUUUGAUUAGCGGGGAUAACUGAUAUUUUAAGAAAGAGAGGUGGUGCUGUGUUAAGUGCCUUUACCCCCAAACCACCUCUGGUCUGUGCUCAUGUCCAAGCAUUGAACUAUUUGUCCUGUAUUCCUUAUGCAGUGUAACAUCAAAACUCCACACUCAUCCGGCAUCAGAUUGCAGUUUGUAUACGUCUUAUUUAGGCUAGCAGCUUGGUGCUGGAUUUAUCGCAUGGUCUUGGGUGCACAUGUCAAGAUGGGGAUAAAAAUUGCAUGACAUAAUAGGUUAAUUUAAAAUCAUUCAUUGUCUUUUAGCAUAAAGAUUGGCUAUUUCUGGAAUUCAGCAUGAUAACUGACAAAGUAUGAUGGCAUACAAAUAAGCAGGUAGUUGUCCUCAGAUUACUGUUAGAGGGAGGAAAGUCACCAGCAUCCAUUCGGUUAUAAAAUAUUCAGACACAUUAAAAUUCCUUCAAGUUCAUGGUGCUCUUUCAGGGUUCUUCUUCUCAAUGUCACCUAAAGUUUGUACUUAUGGGGAAUCCUCUUGUGAUAUGCCCCUAAACCUCUGAGUCUCUGCUGUGGAGGUCAUAGUUAAUUCAGAAAAUCUUGCUGUAAACAAUUUUGUAUAUACAAAUAAAAUCUUUACUCCUUUAAA